AAUCGAUAACGAGACAGAAAUGAAAAGAAGCCGCCGGUCUGCCCCCGAGGCAUGAAGAUCUUCGAGCGACCCCUUUUUCUGAACUUUGGGCAUUCCUUCGCAGGCUUUUUCAGCGUGAGAAAGCAAAGGCUCCAGCUGCUGCUGGAUGAAGGUGCUCAAAGUAUAAUCUAUCAAAUGGACUCCCACUGCCGUAAACUUGCAUCAACCUGUGCUCAAUUAGAGAAAGAGAAGGGACAGAGUAAAAACGAAGAUUCGACUGAUGACCCAUCGAAAAAGAAGAGACAGAGGCGGCAACGAACGCAUUUUACUAGCCAACAGCUCCAGGAACUGGAAGCCACUUUUCAGCGGAAUCGCUAUCCGGACAUGUCCACUAGAGAGGAGAUCGCCGUUUGGACAAAUUUAACAGAGGCCAGAGUCAGAGUGUGGUUCAAAAAUCGACGGGCAAAAUGGAGAAAAAGGGAGAGGAACCAACAAGCAGAGCUAUGUAAAAACGGUUUCGGCCCACAAUUCAACGGACUUAUGCAGCCCUACGAUGACAUGUAUCCCAGUUAUACGUACAACAACUGGGCUGCAAAGGGGCUCACGUCGGCCUCUCUAUCUACCAAAAGCUUCCCCUUUUUCAAUUCCAUGAACGUCAAUCCGCUGUCGUCUCAGACCAUGUUCUCCCCACCUAACUCCAUCUCUUCAAUGAGCAUGUCCUCCAGUAUGGUUCCGUCUGCUGUCACCGGUGUACCUGGAUCAAGUUUAAACAGCCUCAAUAACUUGAAUAACCUCAGCAACCCUUCUCUAAAUUCGGGGGUUCCCACGCCGGCGUGCCCUUACGCCCCACCAACACCUCCGUAUGUUUAUCGGGACACUUGUAACUCCAGUCUUGCCAGUCUGAGACUGAAAGCCAAGCAGCACUCGAGUUUUGGAUACGCGAGCGUGCAGAACCCGGCCUCCAAUCUCAGCGCCUGCCAGUACGCAGUGGAUAGACCGGUGUAAGAGACGAUUGUAGAGUUUACAAUCCCGAAUCCCAGGAACGAGAGACUACACUUUUUGUUUCAAGGGCACUAGAAGAAGAAACCACUGAAACGCGUCCAAUCCUGUGAUGGAAUGUCAAGCGGGAACGGAAGGCAAACGCGCCAUUUCUAAUAAGAUUUGUUCUCGACACUAGCAAGUGCACACUAGCCAGUGAAGAGUUUAGGACUCCAGAAUAUUUAAUGAAAAAAAAUCUCAUUUAUUUUGACGUUUCAAUUUUUGGACAGUAAUUGACUGAACGGUUGUAUAUAGGCUAUACAUAUAUCUUAAUAUCAUCUCCAAUUUGUAGAGGCGAAAGCUGUAACUCUUAAGCAUUUUCGAGAAUUCAGUUUAACACAGCAUGUGGAAAACGUACAGGAAUCAUGUCUUGCUUGCGAUCAAGGGAAUGUACAUACUAAACGCACCAGUCGUGUGUGUGAUAUUAUAAAUUUAUUAUUAAAUGUCUGUGUGAAUAUAGAUCUAGAAUAGCAACCCUGGGUAAUAAUACGCAAAUGUUUCUGCGAAAUGAACUUGGUUUUUGCUCUGUGUAUAAUAUUUGGUACGGAAUUUUUUGUUUCGUUUUUCAACAUCCCAAAAAUAAACUAUUGUGUUUUAUUUAAUGGAAGUAAAUAUAUUGUUCUAAAACA